UCGUGUUGUCUAAAUUUUAUGCUGUUUUUCACCCGUAGAAUUCACAGACCAAAUCAUUUACACACGACACGGUCAUUUUUACAUGUUAUGAUACCACAACGUCCAGAUUUCUAAUAUGAGAAUAUUUACAGUAAUAAGUAAUUUACGUUUACACAACUAAUGGAAUAUAAGUCACAAAGCGUUCAUACAGAAUACAGCAAAAGACUUAAAAGAAGCAGUGAGUGACACGGAAAAGUCAGUUUUCCAGUAAGCGCUACAGUCCCUUAUUUGCAUAAUCGCACCAGGAAGUCAGUAUGUGCUUCGUCGGAAAGCCCCGCUCGCGCAAGGAUUGAGCGCCGAGGGUAAUGUAGGCUGAACGAACGCUCUGACUGAGGGCGCUGAGGGGACGAAAGAAUCAUGAGGCACGCGGGGACGAGGCUCGCGCUGCUCUCCGCGCUCUGCGGCGCGCUCUCGGCACUGCGGCUCGUGGAAGGGCCGCCCUUGAGCUGCUCUCAGGAGGGCCUCAAAUGUGUGGCGAAUAAAAAUUUCUGCUUGGACAAAAACUGGUUGCAGCCAUGGAACUUCACACCUACGGGACCGAAAAAGUUGCGAGUCAAUGUGACAAUCCUGAAAGAAAAGGGCAACUUGGUGCCUGUGCUGAAUGUGACUUGGAGAGCGAGGACUGAUGGAAGCAUCGAAUACCUAAAUGGAACUGAAGUUCACAUCCUGCAGGUGUCUAACAACUAUAAACUGUGUGUUCGGUAUACCUUCCUUAACAAAAUUAAUUCUAUGAAGAAAGCCCACAAUGCAUAUUGGUCAUUCUCACUGAACAGAGUGGUGGUGGACCCUGAACAGAUGUACCUGGUUUCAGUCUAUAAUUUGCCAAGGCCAAAUAUUGCCCAUGACAGCUACAGAGUUGACAAACGUAUUUCUGUACCAGGCUGCAAAGAUCCCAUGAUGGAAAUGACCAAAAUAUGUAUAGAAAGUGGGAGCCAGUGGAGGUCCAACAUCAGCCUGAAGAAGUCAGAAACACCUGACAAGCAAAGUGUAAUUACUGUUAAUUUCAGAAGUGGAGAGUUUUGUACAAAGUACAGAGUGUUUGUUCAGUGUUCCGGCAAAAAGGACUUUGUGACUCUUCCACAGAGUAAUGAGUCAGACAUGAAUGCAACCUUUGCACUAAAAGGAUGGUCUAUAACUUGCUGUAACUUCUCUGUUGAGAUCCAGCCAUUUUUCAUUCAGUGUGAAAAUGAUUGUUUUCGACACCAAAAGUACUUCAACAUUUGUAACGGUCCCUCACCACUUGCCCCACACAGCAAUACUACAGUGUGGCUCAUUGUUGGGCUUGCUGUUUUACUGAUCAGUGGGGCAAUAUCCUGUGUCUGUUUAUGUUCCUGGAAACAAAAGAAAGAUAUUCCAGCUGAAAAAGCACCCCUGGAAGAUGUUUCCAUCCCACCCAAGGAUCAAGACAAGAUACUUCCCCCCACUAGGCCCAAAAAGGUGCUCAUUAUCUACUCCCUUGACCAUGCCCUGUACAGAGAAAUUGUGCUCAAGCUCAGUGCCUUUCUGAGGGCUAAAUGUGGUACCGAGGUGGUUCUGGACCUGCUGGACACAGCGUGGCUGGGCACUGUUGGCCGCAUGCAGUGGCUGGACUGGCAGAAGCAACAGAUAGAAAAGUCUUCUGACAAAAUCCUCAUCUUGUGUUCCCGGGGAGUGCAGGCCAAGUGGAGAGCAAUGUGUGGUGGACACAAGGUGAUGCUGAAGGAGGAUGUACGCUCUCCCAUGGGGGACAUGCUCACUCCUGCCUUCAGCCUCAUCAUACCAGACUUGCUGCAUCCAGUUGCUUUUGGCAAGUACAUAGUAGCUUACUUUGACGAUGUCAGUGCUGAAGAAGAUGUCCCUCCCCCUUUCAACAUCACCAUAAAAUACAAGCUGAUGAAGCAUUUUGAAGAGCUCUACUUCAGAAUCCUGGAUAUGGAGAAACACGAGCCUGGGAAAGUGAAGCGCGUGGAAGGCAUCGCAGAGGACGAAUAUUUCAGUUGUCCCUCAGGAAGAGCUUUGAGGGAUGCCGUUGAGGCCUUCCAAGCCUACCAGGUGGAAUAUCCAGACUGGUUUGAGAGGGAGUGUGUAGAUAGUGAGGAAGAGGCACUAGAUUCAGACCUGCAGUGCCCUCUUCUUAGAGACAUCAACAGUAACUCUAUCCUACAGUGUGUCCCAGAAUGCAGAGAAGGGCCUCCCAUCCUUGUCAAUGCUGUGAAAGCUAUUGAAGGGGACAGUGGCAUUUUGUCCCUCACCCCUCUUUUAAAUGAUGUAGAAGGAAAGGUUUUCACCCAGCAAGUGCAGCCAUCCACUGAUCUGGAGGAAAGCCAGGUAUAUUCUGUUAAACCACUUGCUCACAUGCAGUGGAGCCAGAUAUACUCUGUACACCCUGCUGCUCACUUGGAUGAAUGUCAUGUAUAUUCAGUAAACCCAGCUGUAGAGGAAAUACCAGAAGUCUGGGAAGCUGACGUGCACUCCUCAAUUUCUGCCGGCCCAAUAGCCAACAUAGCUGUGCAGGAACUAUCUACUCACGGAGGAAUACAGCCAGCAGGGAGGUCAGACAGCAGGGGACUGCCAGAGGAGGGUCAUGAAGAGGAGUCAGAUUCAUCCAGUAAUCUCUCUGAAGGUGCACUAAAGAGCCUGUUGGCUCUCCAGCAGGCACUAGGGCCUGGAGCUCCUUUCACUCGCUCUUCUGUGAAGGAUCAAUCUCUAUAUUACACAGAUGUAGCAAGUGAUAUAAUCCAAGAAGGGUAUGACUGGAAGAGGCCGCUGAGCGAGUCAGACCAAGGUUAUAUUUCCAGGGCCUCCCCCCAGCAGGACUCCUCUCUGAAGGACGACUUCCAAGACCAGCUGGAUUCACUUUCUAGGCUGCAAGACGCCUGUCUCCACCACAGUGUUAAAUGCUCAGAUUAUGAAUGUUAUAGAAGUUUAGAAGGGUAGUGCAGAUUAAAGCCUAUUAGUCAGCAGGUAACAUAAAGCGAAGCAAUACAUUUGUCAGGAGAAACUGUAUGUACAUAUUAAAUAUGCUUAAAUUUGGAUGUUUAUUGAAAAUUUUGAAUGCUGUCUAAUAUAUUGUAAAUAUUUAUUUCACUGAAAAUGAAACUUACUCAACAUUUUGAAGUGCAUUAACAAUAUUGAAAAUUUUAUCUCGGUGGAACCUCCGGGGGUGCGGUGGCGCAGCGGGUUGGACCGGGUCCUGCUCUCUAGUGGGUCUGGGGUUUGAG